AUGGCAUCCAGCAUCCCCGACCACUGGCUCUGGCUCGGCCUCGGCGUCUUCACAUUCAUAGCCGUCCAGCAAGUCUCCCACGGCCUCCAAAACAUGUGCACCCUCACCGAGAUCCGAAACCCACAGAACAUCCCGCAACAACGGCGUACCAUCCCCUCCGGCCCGCCCACCCACCAAGAAGAUGCCAUCAAGACAAGUUCUCUCUUGACACUGGCGACAAGCCACAACAACGAUAUCCGCGCCUCCGCUACAAAGAUCCUCUGCACGCGAUUCUACGCUUCCAAAUCCGCCAAAGACCUGCUCAUUAAGGAUCUGUACUGUGCAGAUGGAGAGGUGUUGCAUCGCGCGCAGUUGGCGUUCAAUCUGUUAGGCGAUAUGGGUGUCUGGAGAGACGAUUCUUUGUUGCCAAACCAUGGGUUCAGGUGGGAUGUCGUCCAGCCUAGAAUGGGCGGUGGCUCUCAGGAUGAGGUGAGGAGGAGACGAAGAGAGGCCAUGGUGAUAAGUGACGGGGACGGGCUGAUUGGACGUGAUGAUGUUUACAUGAGGGAUCCGGAGAGGGAGGAAGAGCAAAGUGAUGAUGGUUUGUUCGUUUCCUCUUGA